AUGGGUGGCAAGUUAUUACUGUUACUCCUCAUCGGAGUAGUUCUCCUAAAUACUGCUGAUGCGGCCAGACGACGUUCGAAAAAGGAGGAGAGUGUUGAAGAAGAGAGUUGCGACGAGGACGACGAAGACGAAGACGUAGGCACUCAGAGGCAGCCGAACGUCGGAGCUUCAAGACCGAAACCGAACGCUCGCAAGUCGCAGAUUCAAAACGACGAAGGAGAUGGUGUGGAGGACCCGACCGACGAGGACUACCUCAAGUACGAAGACACCAACCAAGAGGGACUCUGUAUUUUGGGUAUGACUAACCGAUGUGUUCAUAGUAAUCGAGGCUUUCAGAGCGGGGAAAAUGUCCUCAAGGAGACUGGCGGAUGUUCAAGAGAAAGAAUGAAACGGUGUGCCUUCAAGUGAUCGGAUCACCCGCCAAAAUCGACAGAAUCACUGCUGGAAGAGUGUGCCGCACGCAUGCGAACGCCCGUUUGAUGAGCAUCGACAACUUGCAAGAAAGAGAAUGGCUUCACAGUUGGUUCUUCUUUCACUUGCUCACAAACUUUCUGUUUUUGUUUUUCAGCGCUCGGCUUGGUCUCCAACGGCUCAUUCGGUCAGCUGCUGAUUGCCGGAUACCGUAACCGACAGUGUCAAAUGCAGCCAUGGGAUUGCAAAGACAGAAUGAAGGUUGAAUGGAUCAUGUUUAGGUGACCCAUCACUUUUCCAGAUCUUUGUUCCUGCCGACGGAACUGCAAAUCACGAAUACCUCCACUCGAGAUGGGUCGCCGGACCUCAGAAUCGAUACACCUACGCGUUAGUUCUGUGUUCCACUCCAUUUUGAAUCGUUCAUACUCUUCAGAGAGCUCGACGACUGUCUCGUCAUCCACACCGUCUACCAACCGGGCGACAACCUCAACGCUAUCCAGGACUGGACUUGCCACGAUUGGCACAACACCUUCCUCUGUGGUAUUACGGUUAUGUGA